AUGCGCGUCGUCCUCUCCGCACGACGACCGAUGUGGACGAGCGUCGAGGUGCUGCUGUCGUCGACAAUCGCCUCGGUCGUCGGUCUGAGCUCGUCCUACGUGUCCGCCUCGCCCUUCCACGCCUCGUCGAUCGUCUCGACCGUCAACCUCGGCGGAUCGCUCACGACGACGUUCACCUCCUACACACUCAACUAUCAACCCCACGCCGACAGUGGGGGCUCGCACGAGAAGGAUUCGCAUUGGACUGUCGGGGUCGAGGGCCGGCCGGGCUUUGUCGAGGCGAGGAUCGGUAGGGGCCCGCACAAGCAGAAGGCGUUGCUCGACGUCGAGGAGGUCAAGAGCAGUGUUGGCCAAGAGUGAGUACCCGUGGUCAGGCCGCUCGAUGUUCUUUGCUCAGGAUCGAAUAGGCAUACUGCGGAGCAUGCGAGCAAGCGAGCAUGCGAGCUCGCGGUCAGCCCAAGCUCAAGCUCUUGCGCGGGGGCCUCGGCAGUCGAGCCAGGGUCGACAUCGACAUCCUCCCCAAGAAUCGACAGCUUUGGAAACAUAGUAUUCGGGCGACUGGAGGGACCCCGAGUGCCCGCGGCAAACAUCAGCUGUGCUCUGGCUCCUCGCCCAAGUGGGGCUACGUAGCGCCCAAAGGUGGCCUCGACCAAUCGAUUGCUCCCGGGGACUGACCCCGGAGCCUGGUUUCUCUCUGCCCGUACUCCUCCAUCCAACAGAGGCCUGACCUUCUACGCCAUCACCGUACCCAAGCCAACCGACGAGUCCGCGCAGACGGUCGUCACCCUCGAGACCGUGACCGCGCACCUGAACAAACCCUUCGAGGAAAGCCGUCCCCAAGUCACCGAGGGUGUGCGUAUGCAAUGGUCCUCCGACAUCUCGCACCUGCUCGCCGGCCUCGACCCCGCGGAUGUGACAGCGCUCGAAUCGAUCAAGAUCAAGGUCGUGUGCCCCACUCCUCGCAUCAACGAAGUCAAGACCCCACCUUUGUUUGACGAAUCGCAUCCUCAGGGCGGAGCGACCGUUACGUUCACGAGCAAGGGUGCGCCGAACGAUAUCGUCGUCCCUAGUAGUGCACCGCAGAUCGCCUCGGUCGUGUACCAGCUGUCCGAAGCGAUCCCGAGCGUCAGGAAAUUGGAACGCAUCGUCGAAGUUAGUCACUGGGGCGCCAAGGCCAGCUUCCAAGACAACAUUGACCUGUACAACCCCGGACCAAAGUAAGUCCUUGUUGCGAAGACUGUGUGAACUCUGGACCGCGUUGAUCCUCAUUCCCCCGUCCACAGACUCCAAGGCCACUUCUCGCGCCUCGAGCACCAGCGUCUGAUGAUGCAAAACCGCGCCAAGACCAACUCCAUCACCGACCUCUCGAUCCAACUCCCCGCGGGAGCCACCAACGCCUACUACUACGACCUCGUCGGCAACGUUUCCACCUCCAACUUCCGCCCUUCCCCUCCCUUGACUUUGACGCAGAAGAGUAAAGGAAAGGCUCCGGCCCCGGCUCUGUUGGAACUCAAGCCUAGGUACCCGCUUCAAGGAGGUUGGAACUAUUCGUUCACGAUUGGGUUCGAUGUUCCUUUGAGUGAUUCGGUCAAGGCUUUGAAGAGGAACGAUGGGAAGAGGACCUUCUUGCUCGCGGUGCCUUUCGUCACCCCUCUCAAGGACGUCGCCAUGGAUGAUGUGACGGUCGAGAUUCGUUUACCCGAAGGCGCUUCGUGAGUACUCCGAGCCCUUUUAUUAACGUUCGGUGUUCCAACUUCCACCUAAUUUUACAUCCCCGUUCCUUCGAACUCGACAGUGACAUCAAAGUCACCCCACCCUUCCCCGUCGACUCGCUCACCAUCGACGCCCUCUCAAAAGGCUACCUCGACUCCACGGGCCGACCGACCGUGAGACUGUACAAACGCUCCUGUUCGGACCGUCACAGUUCGCCCAUCUUCGUCGAAUAUACGUUACCCUUGUACAGGGAUCUCUUGCAGAAACCUUUGAGCGUCGCGAUGGUGAUGUUGACGGUGUUCGUGCUGACUUUGAUCGCGAGGAGGACCGAGUGGGCGAUCCCGAAAUAG